AUGCUCGAAACUACUUAUUAUGUUUUGGGGGUCAAACCCAAUGCCACCCAGGAAGAAAUGGAAAAGGCUUACAGGAAACCGGCUUUGAAGUACCACCUUGAUAAGAAUCCAAAUGAAGGAGAGAAGUUUAAACAGAUUUCUCAAGCUUACAGAGUGCUCUCUGAUGCAAAGGAAAGGGAAUUAUAUGACAAAGGAGGAGAACGGGCAAUUAAAGAGGGAGGAGCUGGUGGUGGUUUUGGCUCCCCUGUGGACAUCUCUGAUAGGUUUUUUGGAGGAGGACGAAGGAUGCAGAGAAAAGGAGAGAUUGUCACGUACGGCGAUGUUAAGCGUGUGCUAGACAAAGGCGUGCCAAUUUAUUGUAGACCAUGUGAAAAGGGUCACCUGAUCAUCGAAUUUGAGGUAAACUUUCCUGAGAAUGCCUUUCCCUCUCCUGAUAAACUCUCUCUGCUGGAAAAACUCCUACCUGAGAGGAAGGAAGUGGAAGAGACUGAUGAAAUGGACCAGGCAGGACUGGUGGACUUUGCUCCACAUCAGGAAAGAUGGCGCCAUUACAAUGGAGAAGCAUAUGAGGACGAUGAACAUCAUCUUAGGGUCCAGGUGUCUGCUGAGGCUCUUUUUGCCCAUUUGGGCAGCAAGGUGUGCAUUGGUCUGACUGCAAAACGAGACUUGCCCCCACCACUGCCGGAACUGAGGCCCUCUGUUUUUGUGUUCUUAUAA